AUGGCAGGCGGAGCAGGCGGGAAGUGGAAGACAGGAGGCGGGAGACGGUGCAGUUACCACAUCGCGACGUGCCAGGACGGCGAUGGGAACCCGAUCGCGUCCGACCUCAACGUCUGGAUCCAGACGGGCGCGUACGUGCUCAUCGCGUACUCGGAGAUCUUCGCGUCCAUCACCGCGAUUGGCGAGGUGUUCGUGUCGUUGUCCUCCGACCUGCCGUUUUUCCGCCACUUCGACGCGGCCGAGGUGGGAGGCGGGAGGCGGGAGGCGGGACACGGGAGGAGGCGGGAGGCGGGAGGCGGGACACGGGAGGAGGCGGGAGGCGGGAGGCGGGAGGCCAGAGACACGUGGCUGAUCGCAAAGCGUAGACGCCCAGGCGCGCAUUAG